AUGCAGAUUGGAUUAUUGCAAACACUUCCAAGCAUUGCCGCUAUUUUGGGUCCACCCUUCUGGGGCGGUGUGGCUGACCAUAUCCGUGACCAGCGACUUGUGCACGUGUUUUGCAUCGUCAGCGGCACGUUGCUGCAGUUUUUUACCAGAUAUUUCUACUGGUCACUGGGCUGGACGGUGUUGAUCGUUCUUCUCAGUCGGAUCCAAAGCUUCCCUACAGGCUCACUCCUGGAUCACACCGUGCUCAAUGUACUGGUAAAGGAAGGAGGAGAGUACGGAAAACAGAGACUAUUUGGCGCUGUAGGGUUUUUCAACGUUGCUAGUGCUGCGAUUGAUCCCCCCCCAUCAAGUAUGAUGAGAAGUACACUCAGCUGGAGACUGCAAAUGAGCUUUCUCCAGCUUAAUCUUUACAAUCUUGCUGGGGAUGAUCCGCAUAUCAUUGGUGUGGCUAUUAUGUGUGAGACAGCGUCUGAGCUGCCUGCAUUUUUCUUUGCUGACCAAAUUGUAACGAAAAUUGGUACAGUAAACGUACUGCUAGUGUCUCUUGUGGGUUACACGCUACGUAUUACUUACUAUGCGCUCAUGACAAAUCCUUGGGGGGCAAUUCCGUUUGAGUUCCUGCACGGCAUCACAUUUGGACUGACGUGGGCAGCUUGUACACAGUACGUAUUUUCUGCAGCGCCUUGUGGAUGUGAGGGAACUGUCAUGGGUGUGUUGAGUGCUGUUCAAAACGGUCUGGCGCUAGCGUCGGGCACGCUUGUCGGCGGAUACUUUUACCAACACUACGGCGCUCGGGUGAUGUGGAUUGUGACAGGGCUCGGUCUACCUCUGUCAUUGAUUAGCAUUGCUACAUUUGCAUAUCUAAAACACGACGAAUGCAACAAGGUGUCAAAAGCGGAACUGUUGCAGGAGCAAGCUGCUUUGUUUUCCCCUCAUCGUGGUGACGCACAGGGCUUAAAGUCUCCGUUGUAUGCACAGGAAUUGAAUUCGUCGUCACAUCUUUUUGGAACCGCGAGCAAAUUCAAGCGGCGCGAGCAGGCCAAACGUAAGAUUGAGAUAGAGCGUCGGGAACGUGAGGUGGCUUUCAAGGCUCGUGAGGAGCUGGAGAUGCUUCAGAAGCAGAAGCGCGUGGAACGCGUUGCAGAAUUGGAGCGACAGGAGCAGGAGGCGCGUGAAGAGCUGCGGGUUACCGGUGGAAUCAAGUACUUGCAGCAACUAAAACCCGUUCCAACGACUUCGGAUGGUGACAAGAUUACGUUGCCGGUGUCGGCGCUGAAGGAGCUUAAUCCACAGAAUGCGCUAGACCUCGGUGUGUUCACGUUUGAGCUGUCGUUUGAAGAUCAGUUUGCAGAACGAUGUGGAGAAGCGACAACCGAAAGACAGACACACGCAGGAGUACUAGAGUUUGUGGCGGACGAAGGAACGGUGGGGCUGCCACCGAAGGUUGCCGCGUCGUUAUUCGCGCGGAUAAAUGAGCUACCAGAUAGUGUUCAGGUGCGCUUUGUGCGUUUGGAGAAGGGAAAGUUUGCAAGUCUGCAGCUGAGAGGAAGUGGUUUUGGCGACCGUCAGAUUGACUUUAAACAGAUGCUUGAGCGCUCACUCAAGACGCACACGACGCUGACGGAGGAUGACGUACUGUUCAUCAGACAUGGCAAAUUGACGUUUGAAGUGCUCGUAUCGGAACUGAAACCCGAGCGAGCUGUUAACCUGAUCAACACAGAUCUUGAGGUGGAUGUAAUACCAUGUGAAGCUGUGAUGAAGGCGAAGGAAGAUGAGAAGCGAAUGGAAAAAGAGGCUGCGCGCGUUAUGGCACUGGCGCAAGAAAAGGAACAGUGGAAAGCAAACAAGAUGGCGACAUUGUUGCCCGAACCUUUUGCAGAAGAAGGUCAACUGGUGAGGAUUGUGCUUAAAAUGCCUGAGAGGCAGGCUACGCGCCGGUUCUUGCCCUCGUCUCCACUGCAAAGCGUAUUUGAUUUUGUCGAGGCACUUACGGGCGAGAAUGCGCGGCUAUAUCAACUGGCGGCUACAUACCCACGUCGACUUUUUGGAGUUGAAGCAGCUGAUAAGACACUGCAAGAAGUCGGCCUAAACGGCCGCCAAGAAGUGUUGUUUGUUGAAAGACUGACUGAAAGUGAAGUUAUUUGUGAGACUGCUACUACGCAAGGAACACUACGUGCAGGUCAGGCACCAGUUGCUUGGCCACGAACCCAGCUACCUGAUGUUUGGGAUGAAGCUCGACGAACUCUGGAAACGCGGCUUGAUGAAAGUAUGCACGCAACUGCAGCGUCUGCUAUUCACGCCAUGGAACCUGAUAUCCCUGUCGCGCAGUCUGCAGACCAUGAGAUUAAGUGGCAGGCUCAACUAAACGAGCUGGAGCAGAUGGGCUUCAUGAAUCGAUCGCUGAAUAUCGAAGUGCUGGAGAGGUAUCAGGGUCGCUUGCUUCGCGUUGUAAAUUUCUUGUCUGAGAUGAUGUAA